GCACAUUUAAAGCCACACUUCCUUUGGGUCCUUAGCACACGGUUUUGUUUACAUCCACGUCACCAGGAAAUACAUCCCGUGUGUGUCAACAUCUCUGUUACAUCCAUGGUCAACAUGCUGAGACAGGACUCCCAAGACGCUCCUCUUUUUGGUGAAGAUGACGGUGACAUCAGGCAAAGAAAGUCCAAAAUUAGACAUCCACUGGCCUCUUUCUUCCAUCUCUUCUUCCGAACAAGUGCCAUCUUGGUCUAUUUACUGUGUGACAUCUUCAGCAGUCGUUUCAUUGCCUGUAUGGUCACCAUCAUCCUCCUGCUGUCAUGCGACUUCUGGACCGUUAAGAAUGUAUCUGGCAGAUUGUUAGUGGGCCUUCGGUGGUGGAAUCAAGUGGAUGAAGAUGGAAAGAGCCACUGGGUAUUUGAGUCGAGGAAGACACACAGUCUAAACGCAACGUCUGGUGCUGAGUCACGGAUCUUCUGGCUUGGACUCAUUGUAUGCCCCAUCUUCUGGAUCGUUUUUGUGUUCAGCACCAUCUUCUCCUUCAAGAUUAAAUGGCUGGCUGUGGUAAUCAUGGGCUUGGUUUUACAAUGGGCCAACCUGUAUGGCUAUGUCAGAUGCAAGGUUGGGGGAAAGUCCAGCCUGAGAAACAUGGCAAAGAACUAUCUUGGUGUUCAGCUUUUUAAACAGGCAAUGAAGAAAUCAGAGGAACCUUGAAGUUGAAGAGGAGGAAUGAAGACACAUCGGCAGUGUAAUGGACACUUUAUAUUAACUUGCUUCCUGUUGGUCUUUUCUGAGGAUAUAUGGGUUUUUGUAAUUUCACUCUUUACAAGAUUUUGAUCAAAUUGAUUUUGUAUGUUGUUUCUCCCAAUUCAUUGACUGAUGAAUUCAGGAAUAAGUGCCAAAACUUUUCUAAUAAUUAAAAUAAAAUAAAAUAUGGUUGCUUUUGAGAAUGAAUGUCAUACAGUAGUUUUGGCAGUGCGUUAUUUCAGAGCAGUUAUACUUUUUACUGAUGUAAGGUAGUCGUGAAAUGUAAUCACGAUCAAACCAUUACUUUACAUUGCUUUGUCACAGUCCCUAAUAGGCUUUAAUCUAUC